GUAAAAUGUCAAUCCACCUUGCUCGAAGUGGGAUCAUUGCAGGCUUCAACAAAGGUCACGUGACUACUCCGCGAGCCCGCCAGCCUUCUUCAAAUGAUCGUUAUGCUGCGCCUCACAAAAAAGUCCGGGCUGUGAAAGCUAUUGUUGCUGAUCUUGUUACUCUCUGUUAGAAAGACGUGUGCAGGAGCUCCUUCGUGUUGGUAAGGAAAAACGCGCACUAAAGUUGUAUAAAAAGCGUCUUGGUAAUUUUACUUCAGCGAAGAAAAAGCGAUCCAAGAUGGAAGAGGUACUGCGCAAUAUGGCGAAGAGGGCUCACUGAUUUUUUUUUACUCAUUGUUUGUAUUUUUUCUGAAAAAAAAA